ACGCAUCGCAGUAUCGAUCGAUCGAUCGAUCGAUCGAGGCAGUCGAAUCGAACAGCAAGCCAGAUCGUAUCGCGAUCGAUAAAACGUUUUAUAAUUGUGUAUCCGGGUCGUGGACCGUGGAAAUCAGAUUUGCAGCGUCUCGUUCGAAAAUAGAACGAAACUCUCUCAAGCCGGUAUUCGUGAUCGAUGUGCACCUGCAAGGAAUCGCGUGGGAUGCUGUAAGCCGACUGCCGGCUAACGUCGCGGCUAUUUCAACGUGAAACGUAUCGAGAGGGAACGAUAAGCGAAGGAGGAUGCUUCCUGCUAGAAGAUUAAUCGUUGCCGUGUUUGGUGUUUGCUUGUUGACCGCUCUUCUAGAGGUGAGCGAGGCCAGGCCGCGCAUCAGACACCAGAAAGGCGGUAGCCAUUGUAGCAGAUGCGGUCCAGGUUGGGGCGUAGUGAAUCGUUGCAUCCGUGGCCGCGACACCGAGUGCGGGAAAUGCGUACCCGGUACCUACAGCCCUCAUCACAGCACCCAACCGUGCUGGAUCUGCUCUAGAUGCGGUCCAGGCCUCUUCGAGGCGCAUCCCUGUACUUCAAAAACGGACACCAUCUGCGAUUCUUGUCACAGACCUGCUCCUGAUAACCUUGAUUAUCAGAGGAAAUGUAAAGAUAAAACGAAUUUGUUCCUGGCGCCGGAGGACGCGUUGGGAACCGGCGAGGAGAGCAUCUUGGUGAACGAUCCUGAUGGACAAGAUCAGUUGGACGAUGGAAAAGAAGUGCUAGAGAAAGACGCCGAGGCGGCUAUUAUCAACGGAGAAUUGAAUUCAUUGGAGAGAUUCUAAGUCGUUGAUUUGUUUUGGAGUAUCGUGAGGCUACAGUUAUUGGAGGUUUAGUUAUUAUUGUUACUUUGUUUCUAUUUUUAUGAAGACACCUCCGUGAAGAUAUUAAUGCGUUCAAUUAACAUGAACAAGAGAAUCAUCUGCUACGAUUAAGUUUCAAUUAGCGAUGACCUGCUAUACUCCUUUCCUAGAAGUUUUACCAAGGAAAUGACUUUUCACUGUGAAUGAUCAAGGUUUCCAUUUCCUAACGAUUCUUUUAGACUUUGGAGAGAAAUUUCUAGUUUCUAAAUACCAGAGCUAGAAACUGGAAGAUCCUUGUGGAGAAAAGUUUCCCGCGAAGAAAAGUUUCCAACUCCUGAAGAUUAAAAAUUUUCUUGGACGAUGAAGGGAAUGCUUUCCUCUCCCUAUAAUACUACAAAGAUUCUAUUCACUAAAAAUUAAAAGUCUACUGCUCUGAGAGGAACUUGCAGAGCUUAAGAAAAUAAAACAACUACUUUCUAGAAAGAACAACAAUAUCUUGAUACGUUGUGAAGGAGGUUUCAUUUCCUCAUGUAGCUUGAAAUGUUCCACACAGGAUCCUGGUUCGAUAAAUUGGCCUUGGUGAACGUUAGACGACGGAAUCGGGUUCCGUCGAAUCGUUUGGAGGAAAUUGGAAGAUCGAAUUGCUUGAAUAUCGAAUUCUUUUUAAAAACUCAUGGGACUGAAAGACGAAGAGUGGAGGACAGUGUUGGUAAAGAUUUUGGUUUCGUACAGAAGCGGAAGAUCGUGGAUUACAAUUCGUCGAGUUCGUUUGAAAAUUUGAAGACUACAAGCGAACCAUUUUGCUGAAAUGAUUGAUCGAAUUUAAACAGUUAAUGAAGAGAAGAAUUGAGUUAUUGAAACGAUCGAUAUUUGCGCUUUAGAUCCGACUGGUUGAAGCCUAACAGAAACUAUCUGUCAAUUUUGGUGCUCGUUCUUUUCAACUUUCUUACUAUUUCUUUCUUACUGUAUAUUCUAAUAAUAUGUAUAAAUAAAUGUUCGAAAAGGAGUCGGUCGGUUUGGAUCGAUCCUUGAUUGCUAGUCAGUUAGCUACUAAGUAGACGAUAAGAUAACAUACGAAGUCGACACGAGACAUGUGCCACCGAUUAAUAUAUCGCACCUUUGAUGUUAAUAGCUCUUUAAUUAUGAUGCUCAUGUUAAAUGUUCAUUAAAAAUCAUUAAUUUUACUUUACGUUGCCGAUUAAGAAUUUAGAAUCCUUGUUCAUAGAAUACAACAUACAAUAUGAAAAUAUAAAAAGAAUUAAGACUAGAAAUUUACAUUAACUUCUAUCGCAAAUUAAAGUAAUCACCUAGCUGCGAUUUUCUGAGUAUCCGCGAUUUACAUUCGGUGUUUGUUUGAAUACAAUGAGACAAUCGUUUAAGUACGUCCUGACUGUAGAUCCCUGUAUGAUAUGCGUCUAUGUCAUAUUUAAUUAUACCCAAAGAUCUCUGUGGUAUUAUCUGGAUAUAUGUAAAUUCUCUCGGACAAUUCUUCUUUCAUUCUAACAAUAAGAAAGGAAGAAUUCUCUCUCUCUCUCUUUCUUCCUGCAAAGACUCUCAAAGAGCUUCUUUUCUCUCCAGAAAGAAUUUACAUAUUUACUCGUAAACUUUUGAACAUUUAUGUCCAGAAACCACCAAACAUCUUUCUCGUAAGAUCUCUUUAGAAAAGUAAAUUAUUAUAAGAUAAGCAUAUUUCGAUGUUACUUGAUAUGUAAGUACAUACACACGCCGCUGAAAAUCACUCGUGUAAAGCGUGUAAAUACACUUGUGUAAAUAUACAUAGAAACGAUAACAAUACGAUUCAGUUAUUGUGUCAAAACAGGAACCGAGAUUUCCGUCAUUCGCUCAAUAUUUUGUUUCUUGAACUUUAGCAACAAAUGUUAUUCUAGCUCUGCAGUGAAAUAAAGAUAACUAUAAUUUGCAAAAAUUUUAGCUCGAUCAUUGUGCGUAACAUUAAUCAAUUGUUAAUAAAAUGUACGAUAUGAAACUCUUUGUCAUUUUAAUGAAGCGUGCUGCUUAAAUUUAUUUAUCAAUUAUUAUUUUCUUGAUUAUUUCUUGAUUAUAUUGAGAACUAGAUACAUACAUAUAUAAAAACGAAACUUAAUUGAAGAUUUUUCUGCUAAGGAACAGAAGUUAAUUAUUUCGUUACUGAAGAGCUAAGAAACUUUAUUUAUCACGCAGACAUUUCUUUUUUUUAAUGAAUCUCGAUCACGGAUGGAAAUUCACCAAAGCACCAUUCUACUUUCUAUCCGUUGUAUUUAUUUAUGUCAAUGUUCAUUCAUUGACAAAAGACACGUCUACUAUAUAGACAUAAUAAAAUACAGAUAUAAUAAUCUAUAUAAGUCUCUUUUUUCUAUUUUUGAACAACCUCUUCUAUUAUCGAUGCUCAAACGUACGUUUAUAUAAUUAUAAUCUACAUAAUAACUAUAAUC